UGCUGCCCCCGGAGUACAAAACGAGCGCACCGUGCCCCCCUCCACGCAUGCGCAGUGGCGGUUCACCAUGUGGCGGAGUGUUAGUAAGCGUCUCCACCGGUUGACUCAGCGACAUCAUGGUUUGAUCUCGAAAGUGUCUGUCCAGCAGCUGUGCAGCAGCAGCAGCAGUGGGUUUACAGAUGGCUGCUUUGAUGGGCUGUACACUGGACACAUUCCCACCACCCCCAUCCAGAAAGCCCUGCUGGCCGUUGGGUCAGGUGUGGCUGCACUACAGGACCCCUACAGACAUGACAUGGUGGCAGUGCUCGGAGAGACGACGGGACACCUAGCAUUGUUAAAUCUCAGGGACAGGAUGAGAAAUGACCCUGAAGGCCACACAAUCCUAACAGAACGGCCCAGGAUCCGGCUGUCCACGCUUGAUCUGACCACGAUGGCCUCGCUGCCCGAAGGCUCCUUUGGGAGAGAAUACCUCCGUUUUCUGGAGGACAACCACGUGACCCCUGACUCGAGGGCAGACGUGAGGUUUGUGGACAAUGAGGAGCUCGCCUACGUCAUGCAGAGAUACAGAGAGGUCCAUGAUUUGUUGCACACCUUACUGGGCAUGCCUACAAACAUGCUGGGCGAAGUGGCAGUAAAAUGGUUCGAAGCCGCUCAGACCGGGCUUCCCAUGUGCGCCCUCGGAGCUGUGCUGGGGCCACUUCGGCUAAGCACAAGCCGUUUGCAGACGCUGUUCACGUCUCUGGGGCCCUGGGCGCUUCAGAAUGGUCGGCGGGCCCGAUGCGUCCUCAGCGUCUUCUACGAGAGACGGUGGGAGCAGAACCUCGAAGACCUCCGGCAAGAGCUCAACAUCGACCCGCCCCCCGUUAUACCGAGUGCACCCAAGCAGAGGAGCACCUGAGGAAAAAGUCCAGGAAUCACCUGCCAAAAGACUUUUAAACAGCAGAAAACCCAUAAAUAUUUGAAGUGUGACUGUGACACUGGAAGUUUUAAUAUGAUCCACUGAGGAAAUGUCCCACUUGACAAACACUGGCUUGUUCCUUUUUACAUUACAGAUUUAUCUGCCUUGGCAUCAAGUCAUUUUGAGUGAAGCCAUUCUAGCUGAUGGACAUCUUUGUGAUUUCCAGAUGCUGGUGGACAGCAGGUCUAAUUCAACAGGCCGCACCGAGUCACCAUCUGUUAUUGAGAAUUCAUUUUUGUUUUCAGCAUUGAAAUUAAUUUAAAAACUGAGUGAUCUGCAAUUAUGCACUUACCCAUAUACUGUAUUCAGCUUGGAAAUAUAAUGUUAUUGCUAUAGUUUUAUAAUUUAUGGCAAUAAUUGGCCAGAUGUGACAUGUUUUCCUCUUUAUUACAGUUAUCGAUUUAUUGAGAAACCGAAAAGUUUCCACCUGCAGUUGUGCAAACAGCAGUUGGUGGGAAACGAGCAGAUGCAGCUGCCUCUGUUAUCUUUUGACUCACUAUGUUGUCAAAUCCUGUGCUGUGAAUAAACUGGGCUUUCCUUUUUUACAGUAGUAAUGUGUACAAAAUAGGAUCCUUAAAAAACAGGGUCUGUCAAGACAACCUUUAAUUUAUCUACUUAAAAGCAGCACUGAAAUUUCUUUGCGAUUGUUAAUUUCACAGCUCAGAAAAUGUGAGCUAUUAAACACUGCACAAUGGG